UCUUCACCAUCGGAAGACGGCAAGAUGGCGCACAUGUUAGUGUGGCGUCGAGAACAUUAAUUUUAUAUCACUUAAUUAUCAUAUUUCUAGACCAUUUUAACAUUCAAGAUUUAGCCGUUUUGUAAAGAUGACUUCUGUCCAUUGCGUGGUGCAUCCAUUACCAGGCACCGACGACCAGCUUAAUGACAGAUUACGAGAAGUAGCUGAGAAGAUCAGUCACCAUGGCUUUUCUAGUCCACUGGCAUUUUCCGCCAUCAGAAAUCUGACAGUUGUACAGUGUGUAGUUGGACCAAACUACAUAGCACUACUACUUGAGGAUGGAAGAAUUUGUCGUAUUUCUUUUGCCGUUGUCAAUGACCGAUUGGAUCUCAACAAAUCUGAAAACAAGCCAACGACAAAGGUGAGUCGUCCUGAACGUGAGAGGACAUCGGUGCCUAGAGCAGGAACACAUGUUGUCGACAGUCCCAUGGUACUGGUGUCGGAUGUCCUCGGAUCCAAUGCUGAACAGACUGCCGGACGCUGGGGCACUGCAGUAACUACGGCUGGUGGGGCGGUGUCGCGCAAUAACAACCAACAGGCCUACAGUCGCAUGCAGAGAGCGGUUCAUGUAAGCAGAGGUCGGAGGUCAGGGGUCAUCGUAGGGACACGACCUCUAGUCCCUGCUUCUGUCGUCCCAGAAGACCUCAUCAGUCAGUGUCAAGUGGUUUUACAGGGAAAGUCAAGAAACUUAAUUAUCCGAGAACUUCAGAGAACAAAUUUAGAUGUUAACCUGGCCGUAAACAACUUGUUAAGCCGUGAUGAUGAGGGAGAAGCGGAUGAUGACGACAGCCAGGAUUCGUACAUGCCAGAUGAUCUUAUCUCUCUCCUUGACUCGGGGAUACAUGCUGACCAUCCAAGCGUGAUCAUUGAUGCGGACACCAUGUAUAAUGAAGAUGUGUUUGGGUACUCCACUCUCCGUACCAGGGGCUCGGGAACGAGAUCGAGGCUAGGUGACAGAGAAAGAGAUUUGGACCGUGACAGAGAAAGGGAGUCAAUAUUCCGUAUCCGUGACCGACGACGACUUGACACCACUUUACGUGAUGAGGCUCUGAAAGCACUAGAUCGUGACAAGGCAGAAAACAUGGAGGCAGAAAAUCUGAAGAAACAGACUUUGACCGGUCAAAGCCCUGUCGCUUUGGGUGAGGAGCUGCAAUUCUGGACUGAAAAGGAAGGAAAUUGUCCCAAAUUUUCCCACAUUGCUGCAAUGCACUCUGAGCUGGUUGCUGUAGGAACUAAUGGACAGCUCUACAGCUGGAGAUGGAAUGACCCUGAACCCUACAAAAAUCUAGAUAACCCAAACCUGAAACACCCAAAGGUCACGUCUCUGUGCUUAGUCAACGAGAAGAUUGUUGGUCUGUCAGCAUGCAAUGUACGUGCAUCUGUGUUCACCGAGUCGGACAAAGUUGCCACCUGGGUUGACGAGACUUUGAACACUGUUUCAUCAAAACUGGAGCAUGUUGCUCAGACAUUCCCAGAAUUCACCACAGACAAAAUCGUCUCGCUUCACACAUGUUCACUCUACACGUGUGCCAGACUGGAAAGUGGCGCCCUCUACUGGUGGGGCGUCAUGCCAUUUGCUCAGAGGAAGAAGUUGGUGGAAAGGACAAAAUCUAAGAAAAAGAAGACAAAAGAUGGCCCAGCUGCCGCAUCCUCUUCAGGGACCAGUGAUAUUGUCACAGGAACAUUGGUUUGCCUGCGGAGUUCCCCAAUGUACCAUGCUGGUGCACUGGCAUUUGCGACAAUUGAUGGUGUGCCUAAGGUUGGUCAGUUACUUGGAUCUGCCUGGUCACUGAGCGAUACCUGUCGAUUCAAACUCAUCAAGACUCCACCUAGUGAACCUAAACCAGAAGUGAAGAUGGAAGUGAAGGUCAAUGAGAGCCGCAUGGAAAUGCCGCCUCCUCCUUCUCCAGAUUCCUCCACAUGUAGUGACCACAGUGGCCCCACGCUAGUCAGCCCAGCUUCACUCAAGAGAAAGAAAGCUCCAACUCCAAUCAAGGAGGUAGAAAAGAAGGAUGAAGAAAGCUGGCCUUUAAAGAAUGUGAUAUUUGUUGAGGAUGUGAAAACUGUACCUGUCGGAAAAGUUCUGAAGGUUGAUGGAGCGUAUGCUGCCGUGAGGUUCCAGGUGAAGGACAACCCAGAAGCAGGGAAGGAAGACCUGACCAGUCUGCUUCAGGACUGUCGACUUCUCAGGAAAGAUGACCUACAGGUUGUGAAAAGUGCGAGUGCGCCGCGGCUGCCAGAUUGUUUCCAAAAGACACCUAAGAAAGUAACAAUCUCUGAAAAUGGUCAGAUCUUGGCAGUGGCUGUCGACUGUGAUGGGAUCCAUGUCAUCUGUCGAUCUGGGGCUCGUCUUAGUUACCUUGUGUAUAACCUGACGACAGGCAAGGUUGAACAAGACUCAGUGUUCCCAACAGAUGCUCAAGCCUUUAUGGGUAGUCACCGAAGUGACAUUACCCUACAUAAUACAGGAGAUGAGCUGCUGGUUCAGCUACAGGACGGAAACGGCGCUAUCUAUCCACUGGCAAAGGAUUGUACAGAGGGAAUCCGCGAUCCUCUCUGGUUAAACCUACCUCCAGUCCGAUGUCUUGGAAUGCGAGUACAAUCUCUAAACAACAUGAUACCCAACAUGAAGAACAAGGCAGCUGUACUAGUGCUUGCUGUCGAGCUACAAGUCCUGAUUCCCCACAUUCUCCGCUGUAACCUUGAGAAAGUCAAAUCUAUUCUUGCUUCCCUAGAGAAAGAACCAGGGACAGCGUCAAGUCAAAAAAUGUUACAAGAUGUGCUCCGUGAACACUGUGAUGGUAACAGAAACAUCAUGCACACGUGUGUGGCAAUGUGUGUUCCUACGUCAAACAAAGACUAUGACAAUGAUACUGCUGCAGCUGGGACGACAACAACUACCACUCCUACCACCACUACAAGUACCAGUGCCUUCACAUCUGCUCUGGAGGCCAUUAAUGCUGUUAGCAGCGCUGUCGAUGCUCUCGCUGCCAUACAGUCCCGAUCUACCACCGACCCCAGCUCUCGCAGUGUGACCCUGCGUGAGAUGAUGCGCCGAGCUUCAUCUGCAGCACGAGCUGUGAGUGGUAUGGAAGUCAGGGAAAGGGAAGAAAGAGAUGAGGCUACCAUAGCAACACCAACCAUUUCCUGGAACCCUGACCCGCCCCCUAGCUACGAGUCACUGUACCCUGAGGUUAGCACCAUCUCCAUGGCUCCAGUCAAGCUAGAGGAGAAGGAACGCCGCACCAUUGCUGUUCAGAUGCUGCGCCUUUUGUGUGAUUCACCCGCUCUGCAGCCUCAUCUUCGGGAUCUCCUCUCUGCUAGGAAUGCUGAGGGAUGUACACCAUUCAUGCAAGCCGUGAAAGGAUGUGCCUAUGCAGGGGCCAUUACAUUAUUUGAAUGUGCAAAGAAGAUCGCUAGCUGUGACUCAGGUGAAAUUGACAAACCAUCUUUGAUGAGUAUGGUCUACCCGACAGGAUCAAGUCUAGAUAAUUCACCGCUACAAGUGUUGUGUUGUAAUGAUACCUGUAGUUUUACCUGGACUGGCCGUGAGCACAUUAAACAGGACAUCUUCGAGUGCAAAACCUGUGGACUAACUGGGUCGCUGUGUUGCUGUACAGAGUGUGCCCGAGUUUGUCAUAAGGGCCAUGACUGCAAGAUGAAGAAAACAUCACCAACUGCAUACUGUGAUUGUUGGGAAAAGUGUAAAUGUAAGGCGCUCAUUGCUGGACAGCAAGGGCCACGCUUUGACCUCCUCAACAGACUCUUGUCGGAGACUGACCUUGUUGUUCUGCCAAACAGCAGGGGAGAGAACAUUCUAUUGUUCCUUGUGCAGACCGUGGGCCGACAGGUUGUCGAGCAGCGUCAGUACAGGGCAUCACGGCCUCGAGUUCCAGCCCCCCGCAAGCCGAUCCUUCCCGACAUAGGUCAGUGGACCCCAAGGCCCACUGGACACAAAUAUAACAAAACUAGCAAAUCCCAGCAAGCCACAAAUGUUGAAAUGCCUGAGCAUGACCUUGACCCUCCACGGUUCAGUCGACGUGCACUGGAGCGGAUCCUGAAUGACUGGACAGCAGUCAAGGCUAUGAUCCUGAGUGGGAAGAAACAAUCCAGAACUAGUUCCCCGGAUCUGAUGUAUGAGGACCAGCUCUAUCUUGACAGUCAGAGUGGCACUGCCAGAUUGGACAAGUUCACUCACAACCUCCUGGUCAAAUGUAGUACAGAGAUGCUUGACACCUUGCUCACAACGUUGAUUCGGGAGAUGCAAAAUGACAGUGUUGAGGGUAGAAAGGCUGAAGCACGCACCAUCGCACAGAGAUUUCUACGCUCCGUUGCCAGGAUCUUUGUUGUGUUCAAUGUAGAAAUGACGCCCUCUACUAACAAGAAAAAGAGUUCCACCUUGACAUCCUGCCAGCCCUUGGUGAAAUGUAAGCGAGCAUUCCAGGCUUUGAUUAACAUUGCUAUCGAGGAACUCUGUGAGAUUGCCAACUCUCUGAUUGCACCUGUCCGUAUGGGUGUCACGCGACCCACAGCUCCAUUCUCCCUUGUUUCAGCGAAUGGGGAAGCAAUACAGGGAAGUGAGGAGGUCUUUAAUGUCGACCCGAUCCCUCCGCGGUCAGAACCGUCGGACACCGACACGCAUCCUGUUACAGCCUACAUACCACACCCUAGCCAAGCACGCCGCCAGCCAGCCCAUCAGAACACUGACCGCGAUGAUGAUGAUAUCAUGGCCGCAGAUGUUGAGGAGGUUGAAGUGGUUGAUGGAGGAGAGGAUGAAGGUAGUGACCAUGAUGACCGUGAUGAUCACCAAUCAGAGCACUCGGAUGCAGAUCAUGGCCAGGCUGAGCAGGAGGAAGGUGUUGCGGAGAGUGAUAUGGAUCUUGACCUCCUCGCCGAGUCAGAUAGCGACAGUGAUAGUAGUCAUAGCAACCAGGAUAACGUCAGUGUACAGCGAAGUGCUGUGACUGCUGCAACAGCAGGCUCAGAUGCUGGCCUUGGUAGCUUGGCUCACUUCUCGGAGGAUUCGGGUGAAUCAUCCAAUCAGGAGGACGACUAUGAGAGCGACGGUGAUCAGAGUGACCAAAAUGACGCAGAUGACAUGAAUUAUAUUGAUGAACAGCUGGAACGAUGUAACACCUCAGGUACUCAUGGUCAGAGAACUCUCCAGGCUCCUCAGACAAUGCAAUGGGCCAUCCGACAAAGGGAGGCAACCACAGCCCGUCCUCCACCUGCCACGGGUACUACCACAAAUACAGGAGGAAGUGGAGGCUUAAUAUACAUUGACCCAACAACUCUUAGACGAACAACAACAGUCACUACAACAACCCCAGCCGUACAGGAUACAGCCGUCACCAUGACAACCACAGCUAGCCAGUUGGCUCGUGCAUUUGGGAUUGUGGUGCGACAGAUCGCCGACCUACUAACAAUGUUACAGGAUUAUCAUGCACUGGCGCCCAGUUUACCACGUGUACUCGAUAUAACUGAUCAGGACUCUAUUGACCUGCAGCUCUACACAGAGGACCAUCUGAAGAUUACAUGGGAAUGGUUAGUAGAUGUUAUGGAUGCCACUGAGGCACAACUACGGUUUGGCUCAGCACUCAGCCAUACCACUGACCCCGCCAACCCAGGUCAUCCUCUCCAUAGUAACUACGUUCGUACCAUGCGGGACCGCACGACCCGCGAGGAGAACCGUAUAUUACAGGUCCUGGACAGACGCCGUGCACGAUUUGGAACCAUAGGUUCUGAUGGAAAUGUUGCACGACGGGACUUCCUCAACUAUGCUUUGUCCCUAAUGAGAUCGCACAAUGAUGAACACUCAGACACGCUCCCUAGUCUCGAUAUAUCUGCCAUGCGUCACGUUGCAUAUGUCUUUGAUGCACUGAUUUACUACAUGCGCAGUAGCACUGACACAGACAGUGAGGUGUUCCGUGAUGGAAUCUCCGUAAUUUCCUGGGACCAUGAUGAGAAUGAAAAUGAGGAACAUGAGGAUGAACCGGUAAACAACAGUCUGUCAAUGGAUGCGGAGAGUGUUGAUGGUGAAAGUGAUGUAACUGCAAAAUCUGGACGAAAACAUUCAUUCUUCCAUCGAACUGACUCAACAAUUUUCCUGGGAUGUCCACCACCUGACCCUUUCCAGACACCUCUUGUGGAAGCACUGCCAUUAGCUGAUCAACCCCACCUGCUGCAACCUAAUGCACGCCGUGAGGACAUGUUUGGUAUGAUACACCAUUCCGUUCCGCCACACAAAGGGAGCGCCGAUUCAGGCGCUUCACAGUCCUCGCCACAUCGAACUCAUUUUGAUAAACUUCCGGUACGAAUGGGAUUUGCUAGUCGUUUGUCCGAAUCAUCUCAGACAGCCGGACAAUCAAGUGGACUUGUGUUUUCUGCAACAGGAGGUGUACAACAGCCAUCCUUGACCCCUGACCUGGGAUUUAGUAACCCAAGUGUAAUUGUGAAACCAUCUAAUGCAUCCAGUGCUGGGGCCACACCAGUGCCCAUGGAUACAAGCAACAGAGCUAGCGUUGAAACGAUCGUUCAACAGGCUACCAAUAUAGUCCUACAGGGCAGUUCUUCACUGGGGUCAAGUUCUGGAAUCUUGGGGUCAAGUUCUGGGGUCACUUCUGCUCUGUCUGAUAUGGAUACAGAAUCUCCAGCAUCACCAGUCUUAUCUAAAACAAAGGUUGAAAAUUUGGGUCAAGGCCAACAGGCAAGUGUUAUUGUUCAUGCUAGCUCGUCCUCAUCCCAAACUCCCAUGAUGGCCCAGCCUCCAUCGUCGCAAGGUGUUGCACUGUCACAUGAUGUUCUCAUGAUUCCAGCCAGAUCGGACAGUAUGACGUUUGGUGCAGGGAACCGUAGCAACCCAAUUAUAACUUCGGCAAGUAGUGAACUUACUCUGACUGGACUUAGCAAUCUUGAUCAGGGGUCGUCAUCUUCAGGUCAAAGGUCAUCAACCCAGAGUCAAAGUUCAACCAUGGAUAUUAGCACCAGCAUGGAUUUGUCACAGGGGUCUAUGCUUCACAGCGGAGAAACCUCAUCUGCCCCGACAGGAAGUAGUCUAUCAGCUCCUCCUAGUGGCAGUUUGUCAACAGGACCCAGUAUUCCAUCAUCUGGAUCCCUCUCGACUCUUCCGUCAUCUUCCAUUGGCACUAGUCUUGGUGACACAAUUCCAAGUUCCAGUCUGGACGCGCCAGUAGAUAUUGUUGGAGCUCAUGAAAAUGUGUCCAACACAGUUGUUGUGGAGACCUCUCAGACUGGAGUACCUUCCCCUGCCACAGGAACACAAGCUCCUAACAGGCACCAGAGUAAUGAGCAGAUGUAUAUUGGUCACAUGACACUGGUGUCACAUGACGUAUUGCUGGGACGAUGGCGUCUGGCCCUGGAAUUGUUUGGUGGUGUAUUUUGUGAUGAUGUGGGAGCAGAGCCAGGAUCUGUCAUCAGCGAACUCGGAGGAUUCCCAGUCAAAGAGAGCAAGUUCAGGCGUGAAAUGGAGAAGAUACGAAACUCACAACAGAAAGAUCUCACAUUAGAGGUGGAACGAGACAGGAACCUGUUGAUUAUCCAGGCCUUCAGACAACUCAAUACGCUCUUCAACCGACGCACCAACAGCAACAGUCAGCCAUUAGCUGUUCACCGGGUCAAGGUCACAUUCAAAGACGAGCCUGGUGAGGGCAGCGGUGUUGCCAGAAGCUUCUACACCGCCUUGGCUAAUGCGGUGCUGUCUCAAGAAAAACUUCCAGCGCUGGAUGGUGUAAUGGUUGGAGGCAAGAGUCUACAGUACAGUUUGAUACAAAGAGCUCGGUCGCGUGAACGUGAACGAGACCGACAGAGAGCGGCCGUCCAGCGACAGAGAAGUCGAGACCGUGAGACUCGACGUACACUCUCCUAUGAUGCCCCACCAUUCUACAUGCCAGCUGAAAGCGCCACAGCUAAUCCUGCGACCACACCCCCUAGUGUUGCUGUACCAAACCCCACAGAGGGGGCAGGGGUGCCCCCUCCCGAGGGCAGCAACAGUGACACCAUAUCACAGUAUCGCAGACAAUUGGGUGAACGCUUGUAUCCAAGGGUUAGGGUUUUACAGCCAUCACUGGCCCCCAAAGUCACAGGAAUGCUGCUGGAGUUAUCCCCGGCCCAACUUCUGUUGAUGCUCACAUCAGAGGAAACACUACGGCAACGUGUGGAUGAAGCUGUCGACAUCAUCCUCUCACACGGCAGAGAGCUUAGUGCUGAAGCACUACUUGACCUAGAUAUAUUUAAUUUAUCCUCAUCUGACAAGAAAAAGAAAUCAACCACAUCUGAUCGUCGUAGCGAUGUCGAGGAAGAAGAUGAUUUAGAAGAUAGUGCCCCAUUAUUCUGGCAACCAGGGAAACGAGGAUUUUAUUCUCCAAGACCGGGAAAAAAUACAUCUGAACGGCUGAAUGCCUUUAGAAAUGUUGGACGGGUACUCGGUUUGUGUCUAUUACAAAAUGAAUUAUGUCCACUUUUCCUCAAUCGACAUGUUCUGAAAUACAUCUUGGGGCGUAAAAUCGGCUGGCACGAUUUGGCAUUUUUUGAUCCUGUCAUGUACGAGAGUCUACGCCAGCUCGUCCAAGAUUCUGAGAUGAGGGAUGCCUCUCUUCUAUUCACUGCCCUCGACAUGAACUUCUGUGUAGAGCUGUGUGCUGAAGAGGGAGGGGAGCAAGUUGAGCUGAUGACGAAUGGGUCGGAUGUUGAAGUGAAUGCUCAGAAUGUACAUGACUAUGUACGACGUUAUGCUGAAUAUAGAAUGGUUAAGGUGGCCGAUAAGGCACUCAAGAACCUGCGCCUUGGUGUAUUUGACGUAAUACCAUCCAACUCCCUAGAAGGACUUACAUCAGAGGACCUGCGUCUGCUUCUAAACGGUGUUGGUGACAUUAACGUGCAGACUCUCAUCAGCUACACAUCGUUCAAUGAUGAGAGUGGUGAAAAUAACGAUAAAGUACAGAGGUUCAAGCGUUGGUUUUGGUCAGUUGUUGAGAAGAUGAACAAUCACGAACGUCAGGACCUGGUAUAUUUCUGGACAUCAAGUCCUGCAUUACCAGCUAGUGAGGAAGGAUUUCAGCCGAUGCCAAGCAUCACAAUACGACCAGCAGACGAUGACCAUCUCCCUACGGCCAAUACUUGUAUCUCACGUCUCUAUAUCCCUCUCUACUCCUCCAAGCUCGUACUUCGUAGUAAACUUAUCUUGGCCAUCAAAACUAAAGCGUUCGGAUUUGUCUGAGAUGGACAG